AUGGCUCGCUUCACUUCGUACCUGACUUUUACAACUCUCGCUGCCGUUGCUGUCACUAAUCCAGCGACUGCCGACAUCAUCCAAGACGCUACCAAUGCUACCGAAGACGCCGCGAACGCUAUUGCCAGCGCUGCUCAAGAUGCGGCCAACGCUGCCGGGAGUUGGAUCGACAAUGCUGCCAGCAACGUUGAGGAGUUCUACCACGACGCUGCAAGUGCUGCAGAAGACGCCUACCAGGCGGCUGCCAACGCGGCCAAGGAGGCGUGCAGCACGUACAACUCUGAGCACAGUGCUUCCUUGGAUUGCACUGAGUCCACGGCAAGCGCAGCUGCAGAUGCGGCCGCUAGCGCGGCGGAGGAAGUCUGUGCGGGCUACAAUAGCGCAACGGAUAGUUCGCUUGACUGCGCACAGACCGCUGCCAGCGCCGCACUGGAAGCCUGCUACAGCUACAAUAACGCCACUGAUGGCUCGUACGAUUGCUCCGCCAUCACCACUCCCUCAACUCAGACCACAACUAACAGCUCGACGAGUGGCACGACGGACAUUACGGCCGCGCCCUCGACAAGCGCUGCCAGCAAUUCUGGAAACACGGCCAGCGGAUCGGAGGACGGCGUCUCUACCACGUCCUCAGCCCCGACGCACGCUACGCCCGGAUUCUCUGCUACAUGA